AUGAUGUUCUCCAAGUAUGAUUUUAUAAAGGAUAUUAAACCUAUCAACGAGGAUUGGAGGAUUAAAGUUAGGGUGAUUAGGUGUUGGAAGGUUCCCAAUUUUUACCGGAAGGAUUUUGAUGAUAAUGUGGACAUGAUUCUGAUGGAUGAACAGGUUGGAAAAAUACAUGCCACGGUUAAAGGUUCUUUACAGGUCCGAAAAAAAAUUCAAGAAAGAGAUGUUUAUUUCGUGAAAUUUUUUGGAGUUGGAUUGAACGGUGAUAUUUUCAGGCCAAAUAGGCAUGAUUAUCGUCUGUCUUUCAACUUGAGAACUAAUGUGAAAUCCACGUUUGAUGCUUCUAUUCCUGUCAACGGUUUUGAUUUUGUUGAUUUUGACGUUAUUGAGAAGGAAGCAUCGAACUCUCCUUAUUUAGUAGACGUCGUCGGUUUACUCACAGGAGUUGGGGAUGUUGUUGAGCAUGUUGUCUCCGGUAGGAAGACCAAAAUGAUUGUGUUAGAACUUGACAACCUCAGGAUUUCGUCUGAUCCGAUAGACAGUAAUAUGAAGUUGCCUCAAUUGUCCUGCCAAUCGUCAUAUUCUUUUGAAAAUAAUUUUCUAAAAGACACUAAACGAAGAUGUAUAAGUGAUAUUAAGAAUUGUUGGUGGUAG